AGGCUACACGUCCUUAUCUCCUCGUAUAUUUAUCGACUUCAUCAUUCCAAAUUUUUGUUGCGUUUUGUUGUGGUCUACAUCUAGUUCUAGUCUUGUCUAUUACGUGGAGUAUAUGCCAUCUAGUACGUAAUUUUAUUUUAUACCAUUGGCGUCCCUGGGGCCAUCUACGGUUGUGUUGUGAGGCCAGCACAACUUCUUGAAUGCUAGUACUCUCUUCUUCAUCUUCCGAAAAGAUCAUGCGGCCGCACAGGAGCGGUUGGGCGACCACUCACGCGUACCGCUUCCGCCCAAGCAGUAGGACGAGGACCAAGUCGCUCUCUCAGCACUUCGGAGGAGCAGGCUUAUUUGUUGCGGUCCUUGGUGUUUGCGAGUUGCUACUUUUACUUUUUGCAAACGAGAACGUGUUCUUCACAUUCACAAGUAAGUACUUUGCGCCUUCAGCCCCGACGUCGACAACCUCGUCCCUUCUCGGCGUCGGCUCAUCUACUUUUUAUUUGCCGUUGGGAGGUCAAGGUCUGAACAUUUUCGCCCAGGCGGCUGCUCCUGCCGAAGGACGACCCGAUAAUGCGGACGAGGAUGAUGAAAACCAAAACUACACUGCCAGCGCUGACAAAAAAGAAGAACGACCUCCCGGAGCGGCGGCCGCAACUGCAGCUCGUGCCACAGGAGGUGGUGGACCAGGAGUAUCUACUUCUUGCCCGCCCCCCGCAGAAGAACAACUCCUGAAGCCCGGAGACUACGUCGAGAUUCACGGUCUGACCGGAACUAAACACGAGGUGUUGAACGGGAAAAAAGGCCUGAUCAUGUUCCCCGCUGAGCUUUUACUUGACACCGGCGACACCUUUCUGAAGAAGCUACUUCGUGAUCGGAAGCGUGAGGAGGUGGCGAGAGAAAUACAGCAAACAGCUCAGACUCCGGAAAAAUCGGGUUCUACCAGUUCGCGUGAUCUUCUCCUCGGUGGUGCAGGUGCUCCAGCAGCAUCAACAUCAUUUUCAUCCUCUCUGCAACAACAUCGGCCGUCCUUUCUACCAGAAGGGGUUUUUCCAUCAACCUCUCUACCAGCCACGGCUUCUGGUAGUUUCGAGCCGCGGAGCCGUCGUGGAGAUGAUGCGGAGAAAGACGAAAAUACACCUUGUGCUGAAUAUCCUGUGUAAAAAUGUAUGACCGGGCAGUAGAAGUCUAGCGAGCCUGUGAGUCUAGGCUGAGGCUGGUCGGUCGGUAUUUUAUACAGACCCUAGCCCUUCGGCCAUUGGUAGCCAGGACCUGAGAACGUUCCCCCAAUUAAGAGACGGCAAGCCAUUUCGCUUGUAAGAUUCUAUUUCCGUCUGUAUCUCUAUUAUUCUCAGGUCCCAGGGAGUCACGCCCCUGCCAUGGUAGUGAAGAGUAUUAUUGUCUGGCGAGACGGGGUUGAAAUUAAACCCCGGCCAGACUUUAUUUUCCGCCCCGGUGACCCGUUUCGGUCACUGAUUAGGGGCUUUAUUUUAUCUGGUGAGACAGGGUUGAGAUUAAACCCUGGCCAGAUGGUUAUGUUGGUUUUGUCCGGUGAGACGGGGUUGAAAUUAGACCCCGGCUGGACCUUUUAUUGCGAGCCCUGACCCAUUUCGGUCAGCGAUUCUGGCUCCGCUUUUUCUGGUGAGACGGGGUUGGAAUUAUACCCCGGCCAGACAUAUUAUUUUCCGCCCCGGUGACCCGUUUCGGUCACUGAUUCCGGGCUUUGUUUUAUCUGGUGAGACAGGGUUGAGAUUAAACCCUGGCCAGAUGUUUUAUUGAGAUUGUCCGGUGAGACAGGGUUACGAUGGAACCCUGGCCGGAUGGUUUGACAGCUAGCCCUGACCCAUUUCGGUCAGAGAUUCUGGCUUUGCUUUGUCUGGUGAGGUGGGGUUGAAAUUACACCCCGGCUGGACUUAUGAUUUUCCGCGGUCAAUCUCAAUGACCUUGGUUGUUUUUAUCCUGACCUUUCUCGGCUGUUUGGCACUGGCGGUAAACGGGCUCCGAGCCCAAUCCGUUACCCUUGCAGAGGGGGAGACUGGGAUAAGAAAAGCCGGGGGCUUGUUGUAUUCCGUUGGGGUUUUUGAGCUCCCAUAGGGCUUUUUGUGUCUGGCCUUUGCCAAUUUUACGUUGCGAGAAAGGUCACGGAUAAAACGACCAAGGUCGGUGCUAUUUAGCGUCUUUGGCGCCAUUGCUUGCGCGCUGUUUUGAGGCUGCUGCGGAUUUUCGUUAUAUCGCCUGCCUUGCAGGCUGAGGGAAACCUCCGGUCCCACAUUACGUAGCUCGCUGUGUUUUUUUUUUGGGCUUGGACUUAUAUUGCUUUCCCGCCUUCCAGGGCUCCGCGGCCUUUUCGAUGGGGCAUGUUGUCCCCCAAAUUCAUCGCUGGGUCGCUUCGCUUCCUGCGGGUUCUUUGGGGUUGCUUCGGCGCGUGGCUCCUUCGGCGGUGGCGGGGUGCCCCAUCGCGGGCGCUCAUGCCCUUCCGGUGAAGACGGCUUCCCACUGGAAGCCUACGAUCAUCCAAAGGAUGAUCUAUCUCUGGCUGAUUCUGUAUAAAAUGUAUGACCGGGCAGUAGAAGUCUAGCGAGCCUGUGAGUCUAGGCUGAGGCUGGUCGGUCGGUAUUUUAUACAGACCCUAGCCCUUCGGCCAUUGGUAGCCAGGACCUGAGAACGUUCCCCCAAUUAAGAGACGGCAAGCCAUUUCGCUUGUGAGAUUUGCCCACCCACCCGCCCUGGUGAUUUUCUGUUGUCAGAGCAUAGGUCAUGAGGCUUCGAGCCGCUUCGCUUUUCGCGGGGCUGGACAGAGGCCUACGACGUCUUCGCGUCGGUUGUGGCGGGGUGCCCCAUCGCGGGCGCUCAUGCCCUUCCGGUGAAGACGGCUUCCCACUGGAAGCCUACGAUCAUCCAAAGGAUGAUCUAUCUCUGGCUGAAUCUGUAUAAAAUGAACAGAACGACGACGUCCCCGCGGAUCCAUAUAUAAAGAUGCGAACUCCUUCAACUUCUUCUUUGCAGCACAAUUCAACAAGUUUUGGCUGUUGCGCAUGACAAACUUAGGGUCGCAUUGUGGUCGUGUUUGACUAGUAGGGCAGCCACACAGCAUUGCGAUCAUGAUCAUCUUACUCGGAUUCUACCAGCAUUGCGUCACUAGAUUCAAAAGCAUAUACAACUGGAAAACGUUUCUCCAGGUGCUGGGGUUGGCAAAUGUUUUAGCUGCCGUUGUGUAAAUAUAUAUGUUAUGACGAACAAUUGUAUUAAGAUUAGGGUGAGCAGGCGUUUCUACACAGGAUAAGAGCGCCGGAAAAUCAUCUGCGUCACGACCCAGUUCGGCUCAGGUUCAGCGAUGGGCAGUCACCACACUGCUGACGGCGGCGGAGUAUUCCGCCGGACGGAAGGACGACGACUCCACUGCGCUGGACAGGGGAGCGUGGAAAAACCUCGCAGUCCGGGCUGACAACCUGAGGCUCUUACCGCAGGCGGAUUUUUUUCCGGGCGGCGAACGCGACUCGGAGUCCGAGCCCGACGUUGGCGCCAGACGCGGAAGUAGUGGUAGAAGCAGCGGUCAACGUGGCAAUAGUAUUUCUGGCUCCCCCUCCUUCUCCGUUCUCGCCUCCUCGCAGUGGCGUCAGCUUGGCCCGCUGCUGUCCGAGGUCACAAGCGAACAGAAAACCACGAACAGUUUCGUGUUUAAGCGGCGCGGCCACUUGCACCAGACCUCGGACUACCUCACCGGGCAAAAGCGAUCUGGCACACCGAUGUGCGGGUUUGUGUUAGAGGACAAAACGUCGCGGAGUGAGACACAGAUCGUCCGGAAGGCGAAGAUUUACUGGUUCCGCGAACAGAAGGUAAGUGAGGAAGACCUGGACAUCAAGAUCUUCGGAGAAACCGGCAGCUCCACAUUCGACAUGAGCACCGGGAAGAUCACGCGACACAGGUACCUCGCCGAUAGUUGGCGGCAGAAAAAAGACUUACGGAUGAUCGAGGCCAAGAAAGUGCUUGCCCCCCUGGAGGAGAUCCAGCGCGCGAUCGCGAACGUGGGUCUGCUGAAGAAACAGGAAAAGGAGGACGGCGAGCGAUUGAAGAAGGAAAUGCAUGCGUUGCGCAUCGCGGAAAUGGCAAACACCGACCAGGAGAAAGCGGCUGCCGUCGCCUUCGCAGCGGCCCUCCCGGGCGCGGGACAGGAGCUGAGCCGUUUUCUUCCAAGAAAUCAGAAGGAAAUCCUAUUCAAGAAAUUUGAAGACAAGGUCUUCCACGAGAGUAACUACGGCUUUAACGACUCCUACUACCGAUUUGUCAAACGGCACGGCCGGGUGCUAUGGUGCGAUGAAAUUAAGUAUGCCCCCAAGGACCUAAAUUUUGUUUGCAUCGUAAGGGAGCUGCUAAACCAUGCGGCCGAGCGAAAGAUACAUGUCGCACUCUCAUGUAUGAAACAGAGGCAUAUGUGCUUCAACAAGUCUGUCGAGAGUAACAAAUGGCUUUUUGUGCUACCGCUGACGGUGCCUUGUAAGUUUGUUGUGCAUCUUCACGGAACUUGUGGUCCACCACACGGACUUGCACGUCCUGUCUUGCAUGACAGAUUUGACGUUCUGGAGGAUGUUGGGGCCGUACUUUUACAUUCUAUACGUCAUGGUAGAAAAGCACGACUUCGACCGGGGCAAAAUCCAGUACUACGAGUACAUUUAUGACACUGCGGAAUACGCGGACUUCGAUAUUGUCUCGUUCCAGGAAGAAGAAGACGGGGCGCCGUUUUAUGCAUCACAAAGAAAUGUGUCUGGUUUUGGAACGAAGGAUGUCGUCACGCGAAGUCCUCUCGAGCACAAAAAUAUCAGUGCUGCAUGAACGGCAGAACUUGCCAAGUGCCUGUCAGGAAACAGGUGGAUUUCUCAGGCGGGAUAGGCAUGCGGAAGGCCUCGCAAGAUCCGCGCUGCUUGUUCUGUGUGCAUUAUUCCAGAGCAUGUGUGUGGUCCGUGAGAUGCAUGUACAAAUCUUGCGCUCUUCCAGACCCGGACACAUUUGCACUGGAUACGUUUCGCGUCAACAUCAAACUUCUCCUCGGGCCGGCGACUGAGGUAUUUGACUAACGCGUCGACGUCAGUCAACAAGAAAUACUACAAAUACUUGAUGAAUAAACUUGAGGAAAAAGUUCUUAGAGAAACAACUUGAGGAAUAAACAUACAUCAAACUUUUCGUACGCGAAGAAAAACAUGCCGGGAACAACGAGAUGAUAACUAAUACGAUACCGUCCUCCGUGCAGCUGGUGCUGGCUCUGGCAGGACGUGCACGAUCACGACCACAUCGUUCACAAGCUUGACACGCUUCCGUUCCGCAAUUUUUUUGAACGCGUAAAAUAAAGAAAAAGUACUACUAACUACACUAGGUGUAUCGUCGACCCUUUCCGUGGAGGAAAGACGACAAACCGGAAGGAAAAGAUGUCCCUGCCUGGGUACCGUUUUCGGAUCACCUGCCCGGGGAGACACAGCCCAGCGGACUGCGGCCCCCGAAAUACGAAGAGCAAGAGGAGACGGUCCUGCUGGUGAAGGAACGCGAGCUGGUACGGAGUCCUACGGCACCCUUUCCGGCGGUAAUUCCUGCUAUGCCACGCGGAUGAAAUAAAUCACAUCGACUGCUUCGUCUGUUUGUCGUAACGACUUACACACAUCUUACUAAGCGCACUUUUAAUGCAUGUUUUGAAGAUUGAGAUUCUUUUGCAUCCUUCACAAUCAAGAGGUUGUAUUUAUGGACGAAGAACCACUCCUGACGUGCAGCAUUCGAUAGGGGUUAUUUCAACGUGGAUAUCCGCGAAAGACAUUUUGGAUCGGGAAUAUUCCUUUCUUGCGGACCAGAAGGGACUUUGAAGAAGUGCAUGCAGACUGAUCGGAAAUAAAGGCUUGCUCUCGUGCUUCUAAGAAAAUAUGUUACUUUGUGCAUCUGCAUUUUUGCGUCUCUUAUUUCAAACAACUAUCGGAGUCAGACACAUGCAUACCCGAUGGAAAAUAAAGUGAACUGAAUUUGACGAAGUCCAACAAUUUUGAAAAUAGAAAUGAAACCACCAGCUUUUGUUUUUUGUAAACGUUUAAGUUUUGGCUUUUGCCCUGCUGACUGAUCUCCUGAUACUGAUAGCUCGUCACCCGCUCUAGUGCCUUUCUAUUCGUCAUUCGUUGGCGCCAUCUGGGGACCACAUGCACCAAGAAGCAGCAGCAGAAUUUUGUAGCUCGACUUUGGUGCAGCUGUGAAGAUGAUGUAAGUAUGCACUAGACGGAGAACAAGCUGGGAUCAUGGAGGUUCUUUUUGAAUAAUCAGGAACGAGUUGAUAUGAUGUGUCCACUAACGACUGAAAUACCUGAGUCGCUCUUUGGCAGCACAGCGAAUCAUGUGUCGCUCGACGAGAAGUGAAUCAUGCGCCCUCGCAAAUGAACCUCAUAGAACAUCAUACGAAAAGCAAAGCAUCUGAGCUACAU